AUGGCCCGCCCCAAGAAAGCCGACGCCAACAAGCUGCCCGCACCUGUCGCUCCCGCGCCGCCAGCAAUGAUUCCGAUGCCUAACAUGCAGCAGCAGCAGCAGCACCACCUCCAGCAACAGAUGCAGCCGCUGCACCAGAUGCAGCACCAGCAGCACCAGAUGCACCAUCAGCAGCCGCAGCAUCUCGCGCCCCAGGCCAUCGCCCAACAGCCGAUGCAGCAGCAGAUGGGCGCUGGCAUCGGCGCUGGCAUGCCUGUGCAGCAGCGUACCAUUGGCGUCGAAGAGUUCGUCAGAGUUCGCGAUAGUGUCGCUCAACGCUUCAAUACUAUUACAGCGUUGAUGAAGAACUUUGCAGAUGACUUCGUUCGUCAGACCAACCUGCUCAUUGGAGAGCCGGCUCCGUUCGACAAUGGUCCUGGCCCUUCGAUGCAGGCUCUUGUCGCCAGUCUCAACGGCAUCGGUGGCGAACUCGGUGACCUCUUGCCUGUCCACGAGGAGAAGAAGGAGCGCAAGAAGCGUACCCACGACCAGAACGCGCCCAAGAGACCCCUUACUCCCUACUUUCUGUACAUGCAGACUGCUCGCCCCAUCAUCGCCAACGAUCUUGGUACGGAGGCCCCCAAGGGUGCUGUUCAAGAGGAGGGUCAACGCCGGUGGGCUUCCAUGACUCCCAACGAGAAGACUGCAUGGAACAACGCCUACCAGUUCAACCUGCGCCUGUACAACGCACGUGUUCACUCGUACAAGGCCGGCAACCCUGAUGCCAAAGCCAUGAGCGACCCGGAUGCUCUCUCUUAUGCUGACGCAAACGGUAUUCCCCAGGCGGAGCUGGCGAACGAGGAGGCUAUCGCUCCCAACGAUCAUGACGCCAUCGCCGAACAGCUUCAGAUGGCGGUCCCCAUGGAGGAUGUGAAGACGCCCAAGCCCAAGGCAACCCGCAAGCGAAAGAGCACUGCUGCUGAUGUUGAGGAAGGUGAGACGAGCGGUGCUAAGGUCUCGACGCCCGCCAGCCCCGACAAGAAGCGCAAGCGUGCCUCGAAGGCAGCAGACAUCACCGAGGAGCCUAAGAAAUCUGCUCGCAAGAAAAAGACGACCUAG